AUGGAAGAAACAUUUAGGAUGGACGAAACACUGACCAGGGACAUCAGAAGGAUCGAGGCAAGGUUUGCAGACCAGAGCCAUGUUGGUGCAUUGGUAAAGCCAUAUUAUGGAACAACAACCUUGGCAUUUGUUUUCAAGGAGGGAAUGGUGAUAGCAGUUGACUCAAGAGCAACCUCGGGCCCAUACAUAGCAUCCCAGACUGUGGAUAAGGUAAUCAAGGUAAACAGGAAUCUGCUUGGAACGAUGGCAGGAGGUGCUGCAGACUGCUACUUCUGGGAGACACUAAUGGGUCUGUAUGCAAAGGAGUAUGAGCUGACGAAUGGGCGUAAGAUAACAGCCUCGGCAGCAAGCAUGUAUCUGAGCAACUGUGUGUACAAGUACAAAGGCCGUGGGCUGUCAAUGGGAACAAUGAUAUGCGGGUACAAUAAUGACGGGCCAAGCAUAUACUAUGUGGAUAAUGACGGAACAAGGGUAAGCGGGAAUUUGUUUUCUGUAGGAAGCGGGUCUACGAUUGCACAUGGUAUUCUUUCGAUGGCAUACAGGUUUGACAUGAGCAAGGAAGAGGCAUUGGCUCUUGGGAGAGAUGCUAUAUUCCAUGCGGCACAUCGAGAUAGCUUUUCUGGAGGAACAGUCAAUUUGUAUUAUAUGAAUGAGGAAGGCUGGGUGCAUGUUGGGGCGUAUGAUGUUGAUGGGCUGAAUAAGGAAUAA